AUGGCGAAUAGUUGCAAUGACAGUGACUUCAUUGGGUUUGAACAUGCUCCAGGUAGAACAGCACCAUCAAUACAUGUGCCAGGAAGUUCAUCAGAUGAGCUACAAAAUGAUGGAGAAAUAAGAAUUGUCUUAGUGGGUAAAAUUGGUGUUGGGAAAAGCUCUACAGGAAACAUGCUUCUCGGCAAAACCGUCUUUAAGGCAAGUCACAAAUCUGAAUCGGUGACAAAAUAUACGAAGUCGAGGCGUGUAACGGUAAACGAGAGGUCAAUAUUAAUAAUUGAUACCCCAGGUUUGUAUGAUACUGAAGCAGAAAACAGCCUUCAGCAUGUACAGGAGGAAAUUAAAACUUGUAUUAAGAUAGGAGCCCCUGGUAUUCAUGCAAUUGUUUUCAUUUUGUCAACUUUAACACGAUUUUCCAUGGAAGACAAAGAUUGUAUUGAGAAAUUUUUUCAAAUAUUUGGGGAAGAGUUUUACAAGUACGCUGUAGUAGUUUUCACCGGUGCUGAUAUUUUGAGAGAAAACAAUUCGAAUUUGAAAAAAUAUAUUGGUAAAAAUUCGGUUUUGAAAUCAUUUCUACAAAAAUGUGGAAAUAGAUAUGUACCGUUUAAUAAUAAGAAUCCUACCCCGUUGGAGGAAGAAACACAGCGAAAUCAUUUAAUUGCAAUAAUCAUUCAAUUGGAGGAGUCCCUACAGAAAUAUUAUACAGAUCGUGACUUUCAAGCUGCUGAGACGAAACUUCAAGAAAUGGAGAAAGAUAUGAGAAGAGAAAAACAAGAAGAAUUACGUAAACAAAUGGAAGAUCUACAUGUACAAUUUGAAAGAAAAAAUGCUAUAGAAAUGGACGAACUUGAAAAGCUGUAUCAUGGCAAAUUAAUAACGAUGAGGGACGAAAUUAGACAUCAGAUAGAAGAAGAAAACGAGAAGAAGAAAAAGUCGAAAAAGGACGAACCAAUAUGGUAA